CUCCAUUAUCAAAAGUAAGUUUCUUCUCCAAAGCUUAAACCACUUGUAUUUCCGCUUUCUAUAUAUAAAGCAGGGGAUCAGGAUCAUGAAUUCAUGAUCACGCACACUACAUCGCCAUUGAUGUUUAACUCCGAUAUCGCGCCUUAAUUCUUCCGUUUCUCUCUCCCCCUCUCUCUCUCUCUCUCUGACACACACAUACACACAGAGUUGCAAUAUGGCGUCGAGCGUAGACCGAUCGGAGAUAGCUUUCUUCGAUCUGGAAACCACUAUCCCAACCCGACCCGGAGAGGCGCAUGCAAUUUUGGAAUUUGGGUCGAUUUUAGUUUGCCCUGAGAGGCUGAUUGAGCUGGAUAGCUUCGAUACACUGGUUAGACCACACGAUCGCUCUCUAAUUUCUGACUCCUUCGUUCGAUCCAAUGGAAUCACCGCCGACGCUGUCUUCUCCGCCCCGUCCUUUUCGGAUAUCGCAGAUAGGGUUUACGACAUCUUACAUGGAAGAGUAUGGGCGGGUCACAAUAUAUUGAGGUUUGAUUGCGUGAGGUUAAGGGAGGCGUAUGCGCAGAUAAAUCGGCCGCCGCCGGAACCCAAAGGAACCAUUGAUUCAUUGGCGUUGCUGACACAGAGGUUUGGGAGGAGAGCCGGUGACAUGAAGAUGGAUAGUCUGGCUGCUUAUUUUGAGCUUGGAGAACAAAGACACAGGAGUUUAGCCGACGUUCGAAUGAAUUUUGAAGUUGUCAAGUGUUGCGCGACAGUUCUUUUCUUGGAAUCUAUAAAUCCAAGGGAACAAAUUCAAUUUCCAGUUGAAUCUGAUAACGCCAUUCCAUAUAAUGAAGUUUCCAUGGCGUCAAUCACUAUAGUAUCCGUUUCUCCCUAUUUUCACAGGUUCCACAAAAUACAAAUCCAUCAUAAAGACAUCCCGUUACAGAUCCGAUGUGAUUCGAUGAGAAUACGGUUUGGACUAAGCACAAAAUAUCUCGAUCAUGCUGGAAGACCACGCUUAAGUUUUGUGGUGGAUGCAAACUCUCCAAAUCUAUGUGAUCUACUUGAUGCAUGUGAUAAUAUUACUAAGAGAUUCAUAGGUUUUGAUUGCAACUCUGAAUGGAGACCUCUUGUUAACAGAAUGUUUUAUGACUCACCCACCAUUAGAUUAAACUUAAGGACUGAACAUGGAGAUAGUAGAGGAUGGAUGACAGAGAUAUACCAAAAGGAGUCAUCAUCAUCAUCAUCAUCGUCUUUAUCUAUACCACAACUGGUUUCAAAUAGUAGUUAUGAUGUGGCAGAAUUGGAUUGGUUGUUUUGUCCCGGUGGCUUUGUGGACGCUAACUUGUGUUUAGAACCGUAUAACUAUCCAGGAAAUGCUGGAAUCCGUUUAGUGGCCAAGAAGUUAAUUGUUCAUUACUAA